AUGGACAACCGGUCGAUCGUGUUGAUCGUGCUGAUCGCCUGUGUUUGCACUCCUCAAGUGCAUUCGUUCGAUUUGGGAGGGCUCUUCAAAACGACUGGUGACGUCGCCAAGGUGGCAGCCAAAACGGCGAAGGGUGUGGCCGCGAGCAUACCGCAAAUAUUUUCACCGGAGCAGCUGCUGGAGUUUAGUAAGCAGUCGAUCAUUGGCCUCCCGGCGGAAGCGAUUGCCGCCACGAUUAAUCAAAUAUGCUCUGUUGCGCUACUGUCGAAUGCGACCGCGUCGGAGAAUACGGUCAACAUAACCGACAUGAACUACAUCCUGAUGACGGAGGACAAUAACGUGACGAUACCGCUGUUGGAGUCGGAUGAUCUGUGGAAGAAUGAGCUUUUCAAUAAGUCGUACGAUACGGUCAUAUUGGUGACCGGAUGGACGUCGAACGUGAACGAACCGAAUCGGGCCAUCGAUACGAUCUACAACGCGUAUAAGGCACGUGGCGGAUACAACUUCGUUGUAAUAGAUACAGCCGAGUAUGUGGACACGCUGUACACUUGGUCCGCGUUCAACACGAAUGAUCUUGGCCAAGGUUUGGCGGAUGGGUUGAAGGGAUUGAUCAAAUACGUGCCACUGGAAAAGAUUCACCUGAUAGGUCACAGUUUGGGUGCACACAUCGUUGGUGCUGCCGGCAGAUACUUCCAAUACACAACGAACAAAACAAUUCCCCGUAUUACGGGACUGGAUCCGGCAAAUCCUUGCUUCAAUGAAGGAGAAUCACUGAGUGGCAUACAGCGAGGUGAUGCCGAUUUUGUGGACAUCAUUCACACCAACGCUAAGGUGUUGGGAAAGCGUGAUCCGAUAGGCGAUGCAGAUUUCUAUCCCAACGGCGUUGUUUCCGUCCAGCCCGGAUGCAUAGAUCCAUCAUGUUCUCAUAAGCGCGCCUGGGAGCUGUAUGCCGAGACGGUGUAUCCUGAAACCGAAAAGAGUCUGCUGGCUGUGAAGUGCAAUUCCCUGCUUUCGCUCACUACUGGUGGCUGUAUUGGAAAUCCGGUUCCUCUUGGCUUUGGCUGUCCCAAAACGGCCAAAGGAAACUUUUUCCUGAAGACAAACGACAAAUCACCGUUCGCUCUAGCCUCGUAA